GCACAUGGCAAAAAUGCAAUGAACCAAUGAAACGAGAAAGAAAUAAUUGCAGAUGUGGGAUAUGUAAUCUUGUUCAGGCGCAGGUAGUCGUGAAAUACAAUAAUGGCGAGCGAGGAAGAUUUGAUUUCUUUGGCAGUAGUUGGUGCGCUGUCGGGUGUAGCUUACUGGUCAUCGAAUUACUAUAUACCAGCUCUUGGCGAAUUGUUUAUCAAAGCUCAUCUCUUUGGACGUGAUCUCAACAAAUCUUCUGAUGCCAAAGUACCUGAAGCUCUCGGCGUUGUCGCUGGCAUGGUAUUUCUGGUGACUCGCAUUCUGUACCUAGUGGUCUCCUCAAUCUCUGAGCUGGCGUUCAACUAUGAACUGAAGAGGUUCUCGCAUGACGAGAGCGCAGUGCACGCAAUUGCACUGAUGCUUUUCCUUGGCUUUGCCGACGACGUGCUGAACCUGAAGUGGAGGCAUAAGAUCGUCCUGUCCACGCUGGCAUCGUUUCCUCUCGUCACCAGCUUUCCCGGCUCGACAAAGGUCAUCUUCCCCAAGCCUGUUCGCGGCGUCCUCGGCACUGAGUUUGAUGUUGGAAUUCUCUACUACAUCUACAUGAGUAUGCUGGCAGUGUUCUGCACGAAUGCUAUCAAUAUCCUGGCUGGUGUCAAUGGACUAGAAGCUGGACAAACCAUCGUUAUUGCAGCCAGCGUACUUGCUUUCAACCUUGUCGAGUGCUUUGUGUACGGGAACGCCGUCGACCAGCAUCUUUUCUCCAUCUUUCUCUUCCUGCCGUUCAUUGCCGUGACCGCUGCAUUGCUCAAGCAUAACUGGUACCCGUCACGUGUGUUUGUCGGCGACACGUUCUGCUACUUUGCUGGAAUGACUUUCGCCGCCGCCGGCAUCCUGGGCAUCUUCAGCAAGACGCUGCUACUGUUCUUCAUCCCACAGGUGCUCAACUUCCUGUAUUCGGUACCGCAGCUCUUCCACAUCAUACCUUGUCCCCGACACCGCAUGCCACGGGUCAAUGCCCAGGGCUUGCUGGGCAUGUCAUUCACCGAGUUCAACCCCGAUGAGCUGGGUGGUCUUGGACGGCUGAUUGUGAACGUGGUGAGAAUGUUCCGCUUAGCCCACGUCGAGAAGAUUGACGACGGGAAACGCUUGCGUAUGAACAAUCUCACUCUGAUCAACUUUGUCCUGUACGUGCUGGGACCGGUGCAUGAGCAGAGCCUCACAAUCAUCUUACUCUUCAUUCAGCUACUUGGGACAUGCAUGGCCUUUGCCAUUCGCUAUCCACUUGCCUGGAUGUUUUACUGAACCCUUGUACCUUUUGCCUUUACUUCACCCUUCCCAGCCCCAGAUUGAAAUUAUCUGUAUUAUUCUACUACUAGUAUUAGUUAGUUUUUUGUAGCAUUCAAUUCAUAUAUGCCCAGAGGUUCCUGGCUUGUGUCUUGUCAUCUUUUCUUCUCUGUGAUGUCUUCCGUUUCUGGAAUGAUGAUUUUUUUGCAGCUGGCCUGCGCUUGACAAUAUAUAUUUUUUAAGUCCAA